UGGGGAUUUAUUUGUGGAAAUAGGAUUUUUAAAGGAAUUCAGAUUUGGUUAUUUCCAUGAGAAAUUACAGAAGAUUUAUCUUUAAGGAGUCCAGGCAAAUGAUCAAAUUUAGAUCAAAUGUAGAUUAUAUAAAGACAGUAGAAACUGGACAAUACAUUACCACAGGUUUUAAACUUUUAGCAUCUGAAUAACUAGAAAGACUUGAAUUAAUGUCUAGAAUUGGACAUCAGAAUCCUACUUUCAUGAACAGGCACAAAUUCCUGUACUACAAAUAUAAACCUUGCCUGGAUAUAAUUUUGAUCCAUGCAAACUUAAUAAUAUGUUAAUUUACCACACCAAAUGCUCAUCUCCAAGCUACAUUGAAUGGAAAGCUUUCAAAACAUAGAGUUAGUGCAGGAAAACAAAAUCAUACUGGACUAGGAUGAAGUACAUUAUUAUCCUUUUGUAUUGUCUGUUACUACAGAAUCUUUUUAGUGAAUCUUCAUAGGAUGAUGAACAUAUCUUAACACAUAUUCAAUCACACAAAACAGUUAUUUUACCCUAGGCAUCAGCCUUUCCUACCAAUCAAAGAGAAAGAAAAAAUCUGGAAGGGACCUCAGAGAUAAUCUAGUCAUACACUCUUAUUUUACAGAGGAGGAAACUGAAUCCCAUGAAGUUGUGAUUUGCCAAAGGUUACAUAAGUCAGUGUCAGAAUCAGAAUUGGAAUACAGGUCUUCUAAUUCCAAAACCAACGCUCCUUCUCUCAUCGAAGUUUUGCCCCAUUUUGCAGGUGAGGAACUGAAAUUCCUCCACAGAAAAGGAUUAUCUGGGAUAAAAAUCCAGUAGAGGACUCCUCACACUUCCUGAAUUAAAGUGAUCCCAAUUCAAGGAGGGCAGGAUGCAAAGGCUGACAGGAAAGUGAAAGUAAAUCAGGAAAGUAGACAGGUCAAGUGAUAAGAAGGAACAAAUGAAAAUAAACAGGGAAAGGCUUGUGGAAGGGGGGGGAGGGGAGGAGGGGAACGAAAUGGGGGGGGGGGGGAAGAGGGAUAAUAGGAAAAGCUGGGAUGAUUAAGAUUGAUGAGAAGUUCUGAGGUUCAUGUCGAGUGAUGGGGACAGGUGAAGAGAGGUAGAAAAAUAAAGAUGGGACAGGUUUGGAGAAUAACUCAGCUGGAUCAGUGAAAUCUGAGCUGAUUGAUCGGUUAAUCAGAGAUUAGAUGAGGGCGGAGCGUCUAUGGAUCUUCUCUUCGUAGACUGGAGAGAGGUGUCAGAGCCGAGGUGAUGAUGUCAGAGCUGGAGCGGUGAUGUCAGAGCCCGGGCGGUGGGGCGGUGAUGUCAGGGCUGGUGCUGAUGCUGGCGUCGCAGUGCAUUGUGGGCAGCUCCCCGCUCCGUCGCCGCCGCCGCCGCCGCCGCUGCCGCGGGAGGAAGAUCGGGGUCGGGCCGGGCCGGGCCGGGAUGGUCGGGGUCGGGAGGCCGCCGCAGCCGCUGCCGCUGCAGCCACCACCACUGCCAGGGGGAGCGGGCUGCGCCAAGCCGCACUGAGCCGCCCCCGCCCCCGCCCCGCCCGGGCCCCGGGGGAUGCGCCGCCCGGAGCCGCUGCAGCCGCAGCCGCAGCGGAGACAGAGCAGGUAGAUGGCCCAAACCAAGCAGGUGCCACCAAAACCCCUCCCUCUGGCUGGCGGAUGCAGUGCCUAGCGGCUGCCCUCAGGGAAGAGGCCAACAUGAGUGGGGGAGGGGAGCAGGCCGACAUCCUGCCGGCCAACUACGUGGUCAAGGAGCGCUGGAAAGUGCUGAAGAAGAUCGGGGGCGGGGGCUUUGGGGAGAUCUACGAGGCCAUGGACCUGUUGACUCGGGAGAAUGUGGCUCUGAAAGUCGAGUCUGCCCAGCAACCUAAACAGGUCCUCAAGAUGGAAGUGGCGGUGCUGAAGAAACUGCAAGGGAAGGACCAUGUUUGCCGGUUUAUUGGCUGUGGCAGGAAUGAGAAGUUCAAUUAUGUGGUAAUGCAACUCCAGGGGCGCAACCUGGCAGACCUGCGCCGCAGCCAGCCCCGGGGCACCUUCACUCUGAGCACCACGUUGAGGCUAGGCAAGCAGAUCCUGGAGUCCAUCGAGGCCAUCCAUUCUGUGGGAUUCCUUCACCGGGACAUCAAGCCUUCGAAUUUUGCCAUGGGCCGCCUGCCCUCCACCUAUAGGAAGUGCUACAUGCUGGACUUUGGGCUGGCACGCCAAUAUACCAACACCACGGGGGAAGUACGACCUCCUCGGAAUGUAGCUGGGUUUCGGGGGACAGUUCGAUAUGCUUCAGUCAAUGCCCACAAAAAUCGGGAGAUGGGUCGACAUGAUGACCUGUGGUCUCUCUUCUACAUGCUGGUGGAAUUUGCUGUAGGGCAGCUACCCUGGCGCAAGAUCAAGGACAAGGAGCAGGUGGGGAUGAUCAAGGAGAAGUAUGAACACCGGAUGCUGCUGAAGCACAUGCCAUCAGAGUUCCAUCUCUUCCUGGAUCAUAUUGCCAACCUCGACUAUUUUACCAAGCCCGAUUACCAGCUGAUUAUGUCAGUGUUUGAGAACAGCAUGAAAGAACGGGGCAUCACUGAGAAUGAGGCCUUUGACUGGGAAAAAGCAGGCACUGAUGUCCUCCUUUCUACCAGUACGUCCACCCCACCACAGCAGAACACUCGACAGACGGCAGCAAUGUUUGGAGUGGUGAAUGUGACCCCUGUGCCUGGGGACUUGCUAAGGGAGAACACAGAAGACGUUUUGCAGGGCGAGCAUCUGAGUGACCAGGAAAACGCACCCCCUCUCCUACCUGGGCGGCCCCUGGAGGGGCUGGGCCCCAUCCCUCAUACCACUUCCCAUCCUGGGGUUCCUGAAGCUGAGGUCUGGGAGGAGACGGAUGUCAACCGCAACAAGCUCAGGAUUAACAUCAGCAAAACACAAUGUGUGGUGGAGGAAGAUCAGAGCCGUGGAGUGGGGGUCCCCAGCUCCCCAGUACGUGCACCCCCAGACUCCCCAACCACCCCUGUUCGCUCCCUGCGCUAUCGAAGGGUCAACAGCCCUGAGUCUGAGCGACUAUCCACAGCUGAUGGGCGGGCUGAGCUACAUGAGAGGAGGUCUCGGAUGGACCUUCCGGGUUCCCCCUCCCGCCAGGCGUGCUCCUCCCAGCCUGCCCAGAUGCUGUCGGUGGACACGGGCCAGGCUGACCGGCAAGCCAGCGGGCGCAUGGAUGUGUCCGCCUCGGUGGAGCAGGAGGCCUUGAGCAACGCCUUCCGCUCCGUGCCCCUGGCGGAGGAGGAGGACUUUGACAGCAAGGAGUGGGUCAUCAUCGACAAGGAAACGGAGCUCAAGGACUUCCACCCGGGCGCCGAGCCCAGCACGUCGGGUACGACGGACGAGGAACCAGAGGAGCUUCGGCCGCUGCCCGACGAGGGCGAUGAGCGCAGGCGGCCGGGGGCCGGGGCCGAGUCCGCCCCAGUGCGGCCCCGAGGGCGCAGCAUGCAGACUGUGGCCGAGGAAGACCUCCGGCAGCAGCAGCAUCACUUGCAGGGUCAGGCAGAGCCUGCCCUACCUCCCACCCCGGGCAGCCCCUCACACUCCUCCCUGCACUCCGGACCCCGGCCGAGGAGGAGAGAAUCGGACCCCAUCGGCCCGCAGAGACAGGUGUUCUCAAUGUCUUCACCUUUUGAGGUGAAUGGCCUCCCUAGGGCUGUGCCCCUGAGCCUGCCCUACCAGGACUUCAAGAAAGACCUGUCUGAUUACAGGGAGCGUGCCCGCCUCCUGCACAGGGUCCGGACAGUAGACUUCUCCCAUGUCGUCCUCAGUGCCCCUUGUCAGUCCGUGCCAGCUCCCAUCCAGCCAGAGAUCAACGGGAAAGGCCAAGAAGAGGAUAAUGAGGAAGAGGAGGAAGAAGAGGAGGAGGAAGAAGAAGAGGAAGAAGAGGAAGAGGAAGAAGAGGAAGAGGAGGAAGAGGAAGAGGAAGAAGAAGCAGCUUUGGGACAGGUGCUAGGGCUGAGAAGUGACUCCAGCAGUGAAGUGAGUGAGAAGAGUACAGACAGAAGCCAAGAAGGAGCCCCAUCCACGUUACUUGCUGAUGACCAGAAAGAAUCUAAGGGUAGGGCAUCUAUGGCUGAUGGGGACCUAGAGCCAGAGGAGGGGUCCAAGACACUGGUGCUCUUCUCCCCAGGUGACAUGAAGAAGUCACCUGUCACCACUGACCUGGCUCCUGACCCUGACCUCGGCACCCUGGCUGCCCUGACCCCACAGAAUGAGCGGCCCCACCCCACAGGGAGCCAGCUGGAUGUGUCUGAGCCAGGGACACUGUCCUCUGUCCUCAAGUCUGAACAGAAGCCCCCUGGGGCUGGUACUGGGGUGGGACCAGCUGUAGGACCGGGGGGUGUUGUGGCGGCUGCCUCCUCACCCUUCACCAAAGUUGAGAGGACCUUUGUGCACAUUGCUGAGAAAACCCAUCUCAAUGUUAUGUCUUCCGGUGGGCAGCCCCUUCGACCUGAGGAAACCACCCUUGGCAAUGGAGGGCUGGGCCCAGAGGCCAUCCUGGAGAAGGAUAUUGCUGAGGAGAAGCCCUCUGUUCCCUUAGAAAAUGGCAGUAUUCUAUCAGGGCCAGAUGGAGCAGAGACAGAGAGCUGUGCCCUAUCGGUACCACCUGGGGAUACGCCCUCAGAAGUGGCUGGCGACACUCUGCCCAAUGGCCUUGCCCCCACCAACGGGCAGCCUUCCACCAUCCCAACUGAGCCUGCUCUGUCGUCGGAGCCUGGGGUCCCAGAGAAGACAGUCCCUGUGGCCCCUGGAUCCCAGGCUCUCCUUGGCUCCCGACCCCGGAGCCGUAUCCCUAUCCUCCUCUCUGAGGAGGACACAGGCUCUGAGCUGUCAGCCUCAGUCUCGGCCAAAGAACGGUGGUGUAAGCGGACACGGCAGCCUGACCUCGCCCGCCUGGUGAUGGAGAAGAGGCAGGGCCGCCUCCUGUUGCGGCUUGCCUCCGGAGCCUCAUCCUCAGCUUCAUCCAGUGAGGAACGGCGUCGGGCCUCGGAGACGCUGUCUGGCACGGGAUCCGAGGAGGAUACCCAUGACUCAGAUGACUCGGCCCCCAGGAAGGUGGAACGGGCUGUGGGCACGAGGAGCCGAAUCCCUCGGCCUGUCAGUGUCAGGACACCCACCCCAGUACAACUCAAAAGCGGGGGGAGUCCCCAGAGGACGCAACACCCCGGUGCCCCCAACAGCAUGGUCCCAUCGCCAGACACAGCCAUCACCAGCAGGCUCCAGCUGCAGAGAUCCCCUGGGCCUCCUGCCACCGCUGACCUCCGCGCCAAACAACCUCCUGCCCACCCCAGCCCUGGCUCUGCCCCAAGCCGAGCCAGCCCCCGCCGCCCCAGCCACGUCCCUCCCUCCCGUGGCCCAGGCCUCCCUUCUGCCAGACAUCUCAGUGCUUCCCCAAGGAGCCAGUCUCUGACCCGGAGAGAGAGUCCCUCUCCCUCCCACCAGGCGCGGCCAGGCGGCACCCUCCCACGGGGCGCGCCCCUGGCCAGGGCCCAGCCUCAGACUCUGGGGCCCGGGCAGCCUGAAGGGCCCCCCUCUCCGGGGGGCUCCAAGAAAGGACCCAGAGGGAAACUCCAGACUUACAGCCCGGCAACCAAAGGCAGAGCGGGGGCCUCAGGGGCCUCGGAGGGCAAAACCGGGGCCAGAUAAUGAUGCCUCGCUCUCAAUCCGGUCCGGCUGGGUACCCCCAACCCCCCCCUUGGCCGGUGACACUGGAGCACCCCCCAGCACAGCCUUACAUGCCAGAUAUUUGAGCAGCCCACCGACUCCCUCCCGAGCACCCACAUGCAGGCACGCACCCACGCACACACACACACACAUUGUGGUAAGCCCCAUUCCUCCGUAAGCCACCAAGAGCCCUCGCUUCCUGGGCGAAAGGGGGCCCGGGGAGGGCCCGGCUCCUCCUUCCCUGGUCGCCUUCUACCCUCCUCAGAUCCUCACAGCCCGGGGAAGCUAGGCCGGGCCGGCGGAGGAGUGAGCUCCAGGCUCCCCUGCUGCCGUCGGGAGCCGGCUGCAGUGGUCCCGGGACCACCAGGAGGUUUGGGGUCAGCCACGCUCUAAUUCCAAGUCCCCAGCUUUUUUUCACAGACUUCAGCAUCCCCGAGGCCUCCCAUUCAUUCCUCCCCAGCCACAGCUUCACUCUUCAUCUCUCUGUUCCUGGUGGGGAUCUCUCUUCCUGCUCCAUAGGUGACCUCCCCUUCUCUUUCUCUUUCCUAACCUCCUCCUUCCCUGGAAGGUUUCAAGUCCCAGCAGUGAGAAUUCCCUCUUCGCAGGGGCCAGGCCCACUGCCUCUGAGGGAUCAGCCAGUCUGCACACCUUUUCCCCCAGAAAGGAGGGAGCGGGACCAGUGGGCUCCCCCAGUUGUCUGAGAGUGAUUGGGGUCAGGAAGAAAAAGGAAGCCAGAGAAAGCGGGCUGUGGGGAUAGAAGGGCUCAGAUCCAGCUACUGCUCCAUAGCUGUUUCAAGUGUCUCUGGAGAGGCAGGGUGAUUUGCUCUGGAUAAUGCUGUGUCCUCCCUCAGCACGCUUCCACCCCAUCCCUGCCCCUCCAAGAAUAAGGGUGCCUCAUUAGGACCUGCCACUGCAGUCAGGAGCCAGGCAGCUCCCCAGGAGAGUCCUCCAGAUUGUGACCUGGCUUUGUGGGUGAGUACUUCAGGAUGCUAGGCUGGCAUGGGCCUUUAACCAAGAUUUAAAUCCUUCUGGGGGUCACCUAGUCCAGCGCUCAGAACUGACCCUCCAUCCAGUUGUCUGACUUUAAUCCCUUCCUCGCUCCAUACAUAGUGUAGCUGACAUAGCUGUACACUAUGUUUCAUUAGGUUAUCAAUCCAGGAAAUUUUUAAAAGAUGAAUGUUUAUCAAAUAUACAAUCAUAAAAGCCAUUUCUAUUGAUCAAACAAGCUUAAAAACCCCUUAAAACCUACUUUAAUUUUUUAAAAAUUAACAAAUUUUAUUUAAAAAUAAAAAAUUAAAAGGAGGCAAAAAAUACCAAGUUUUAUGGCAUGAGGAUGUUCCUGGACACUAAAAUUUAAGCUAAUUUUAAAAAUUUACAAUUAAACUUUAUUUUAAAAUUUUAAAAAAAGCAGAAAAUACCAUUAAAAAUAUUAGGGUAUGCCUAAUAGACAGCUCUCUCUUUCUGCCUUCACUGCAGAGGGAAGAGUAUUGCUUCCUGUACUGUCCUAUAUUAACUCUUAGAUUUGAAGACUACCCAAUUUAACAUGCACUUAUUAAAGCACUUACUAGUACAAGGCAGAGAGUCAAGAAAGCCUGGGUUCCACUCUGUUCUCCGAUACAUCUGGCUGGGCGGCCCUGGCCAUGUCACCUUGUCCAUUCUCUGGGUUCCAGGAGACUUUGUAAAGACUAAGGUUGCAGCUGUGUACUGGUAGCAGGAGUUCCCACCCUUGAGUUUCUGGUAGCAAUGAAAUGGCAGGGGUAGAGAAUAUGUGUGUAUAUUUGUGCAUGUAUAUAUGGAAUAUACAGGAAUAUACACACCACCCACAUGUAUUAUAUGUCUGUGGGGGGGAGGUAAUAGGAGUGAGGCAGAGUGGUGAGCAGGGUUCUCUCAGUUGUCCAAAUCAUGCUCACACCUUUAAUUUUUCAGAACUGAUGGAUGCUCUGAAGAUGAGGUGAAAGGGAGGAAUCUAGCCAAAUUUUGAGAAUAUUUCAGUAAGUCAUUCAACAAACACUUACUAAGUGCCUCCUUGGUGCCCCACACUGUACUAAGUACUCUAAGGGCAUGACAAAUAGCUCACUAAUGCCCCUCUUCCCUCCUGUCCCCAGGUCUGGAGAGAGGGCACACUUACCCAGCAGGCCUGCCCAGACCCUCCCCCACCCCCUGCUUGUCCCAAGAGGGCCACCCUGACCCUCAAGCCUGGUGCCAUUUUCUCUGCCUCGAACCCAGUGCUAGAGACAGAAGAGACUGGAUAGUGGGGUACGCCCUCCCCGGCCCCCAAUUCCCAAGGGAGCUGUCCGCAGGAGAGGAGGGGUGUGGAAGGAAGAAGGUGGGAAAGACUGGCCUUCCUCUUCCCCUCGGCCCUCCCCAGGGGGGCAGGAGUAGUUCUCCUUUGAAGAGCUGAGGGUCCCAUCAGUCCCCAGGCUGCCUGAGCGUGGGGCUGAUCAGACCUCCUCACUCCUGGCUUUCUGCUCCCCGGUCCCCAGGACAGCCCCUGGAUGCUGGGAGGAGAGCUAAUCCCGCAUCCUCCCCCAACCCCACCCUUGCUCCUGGAGGGAGAACAGAGAAGGAGGCUCCCCUGCACUUAGACAGGUCUGGUCUAAGCGGGGCUACCUCAACCUGUCCUAAUCGGUGCGUGGGAUGUCUUGGGGCAGGGCCUUACCUUCAGCUGGUGGGAAAUACCAGAAAAAAGAAUGUAACCUCCUCUUCUCUCCCCACCCCACCCUCACUUCCUGCGGCACACCUGUAGGACUGGUCAGACAAUCCCCUGAAAAGGGUGGGUGCUCUGGGGAAGAGGGGAGGGGGCUCCCCGCCAGGCCUCUGCUCCAGAAUCAAGCUGAGAAAGGGGGAGGGCUGUGGGGGUCCCCAAGUCUCCUCCCCCCUCCCCAGGUGUGCCCCAUCCUAGUCCCAGAAUAGCUCCUCAGGCCAAGGUCAAGGUCAGGGCAGGCUGCUGGUGUUGUAUCUCAUCUUCAAGAGAGAAAUGCAGAAGGCAGGGGACCCCCGCUUCUUCUUUCCCUGAGAGAAGGAAUGGUGUUGCAGAGAGGGCAGACCCAGGCGUCCCCUCCCUUCAGGGAACAUUCUGGUCCAUCUGUACUAGAGAACCCUGACAGCCAGAGAAGACUGGGGAGUCGGGGUUCUCUUGUCCUUCCCGGGCAGGAAUGGCCGUCUUCCAGGAGUGUUCUUUAAAUUUCUCUCCUCAGAGAUCACUCUCUGCCAUUCCUUCUUGUCUGCUCGCCCUGCCCCCAGUCAGUGACCCCUGCCCCAUGCCCUCGGCCCCACCCAAGACUGUGAGAGAGAAAAGCCUGGGAGAAGGAGCUCCUGGGAACUGCUCUUGCCCUUCUUCGGUGGGCAGGGAGGGAGGGAGGCAGGACCCCCGAGACACCAGGGGUGCCAAUGUGGGCUCUCUAAAGGAGGCCCCUCCACCGUGGGAGCCCGGGGAGCUCAGGGUUAGGAAGAGGGUCCAGGGGAGGUACAGGUGGCCGCAGCUUCCACGUCAGCCAUCAGUAAUCAGCCAUUUCUAAAGGGACUACAACCAAUGUGGCAAGUACUUGGCAAGCACCUGUAGAUGAGACCCCCUUGGGUAAGACCCCCCUGCUCAGCCCGUUCCCAGGGAUGUAGAUGAGGGAACCUUGGGAGGGCGUCUCAGUCAUGGUCACCUCAACCUGCCCUUUAGAGGGGCGUUCGAUCCCAGUGUGAGGCAGAACGAUCCUAAUCAAAGUCGUGGCUGAUCCAGGACACUCAGGAAUCUCCCUCCCUCCUCCCCAGUGACAGAACCUCCUCUAUCUUCCCGCCCAGUGCCCAGCCUGGUCCAGUACCUCUCUAGAUUGGCCAACAGGGAGGAUGACCCCGGCACGUGGCACAAAGAAUUAUGUCAGGCCUUGGCAGCGGGAGGGGUAGUGCCAGCCCCCUCUCACACACACUUACAGCAUCUCUGACAAUCCAAACGUCCUGGGGGUAGGGUUCUCUCCCCCCCGCUGCCACCUCAGAUAUGAAUGUAAGGUCCACCUGGGGGCCAAAGCCUACCUAGAUCAGAUUCUUAAAGGAAGAGAGGAAGAGCCUGAGAGAGCCCUGAGACACCCGCUGACUUCCUCCGCCGGAACGUGAGCUGUCAGACAUACCCACAUCUUUUAGGAGUGGAAGGGGAUGGGAGACAGGAAACUCAAGCCUCCUUAGCCCUCUCUCCCUCCCACUGGCCUCAGGCUUCAGCAGCACAGAAUGUCACAAGCAGCAGGAGGGAAGGGGUCAGGCUGGGCUGGUUUCGGCCCUCACUCCCCACUUGCCCUUUCCCUCCUCCACCAGGAUCCAGAGCAAACAUUUCUGUCUCCCUUUUCCAAAAAACCCAGCAGAGCCCUGCCUAUUGCUUUCCCCCAGGUAUCUCUGCCAACGCGCAUCCCGACAAGGUUGGUCUAAUUGGUCCCCACCCCUUCCUUCCUUGGUACCCCUCCCUCCCAACGAGGUCUCCCCGGUUCAGAGUCCCUCCCUCCCCUUUCCUCCAUCACACAUAUGCCUUUCAGAAGGAAGAGCAAGCCUGCUUUAAUCUCAGAAAUGGGAUUUCCUCUUCAUAGUCCCCCCCCCCCCAGAAAAGAAGGGACCCCUCACCAACGCCCGCCUGGGCCCGGCUGGCCCCACACGCACUUAGGGGAUGGUAGUUGUGUGGCAAGACAACUCUGCCGACAUUCAAGGGACGGGUCUCUAGCCUAAAGCCCCCCGCUCCAAGGGGAGGUGGGUGGGUCCCGAUAGGCUCCUGGGCCCUUCUCAACUCCCACUGUUUGUUUAGGGAUGUGUUGGGUCUGGGAGGAGGUUUAGCCGCCCUCCUCCCAUCUCUACGUUCUGCUGAAGAAGCCACGGAAGAAUGUUUACACGCCAAACAGAAUGUAACAGUUCCCCAACACACACACACACUCACACUCACACUGCCUACAGUCAUUGCAUGGCCUCUGUCCCACCUGCCUGGCCCUGCCCCGCCCCGCCCUGGCCUUGGAACGCCAACGUGGCCCGUGCCCCCCCAGCAUACCCCCACCCCCCAAGCCACUGUCAUAACUAGAUCGGGUCUUGGAAGGGAAGUAGCCAUGCCAUUAAAGCCUGUUGACCUUUUA